CCGCUUCUUCACUUUGUCUUGCUCCAUUUCAAAAAUAUACCGGUACCACCAGCAAGCAAACCUUCACCAUGAGCUCUCGGAUUGAAUACAGUGAGAAGUACGCGGACGAUCACAAUGAGUACAGGCAUGUGAUCCUCCCCAAGGAAUUGGCCAAGACUCUGCCCAAGAGCCGUCUGUUGACGGAAUCGGAAUGGCGCGGAAUUGGGGUUCAGCAGAGUCGCGGAUGGCAACACUACGCCAUUCAUCGUCCGGAACCCCACAUUUUGCUCUUUCGCCGACCCCUUGGAACGGAUCCUCAGAGUGGACGAGUCGACCCUGAGUUGCUCCGUCAAGCACGCGAUGAGUACAAGGAUCAAUUCGGGCUCCGUCGUUAGAUAGAAAACUGCUAGGAGACGAUAUUUGAUGUGUCAGCAACAACAAUCUACACCCAUUCCUACCAAACAUACGGGAGAAAAACAGAAACAAAAAUCACCACAACACGGGCUCUUUUUUCGAUUCAUUUGAUUUGGUUGACUCGUGAUGCAGUGAAUUGGCUGGGGACUCUUUUUCAACGAGAUUUUCGGCUAUUUUUGACUGCGGAUGGUCGACCUUUUGAUAUCCAAGUAGUAUACGCAAUCUACAUACUAUUAGUAGUACAGUACC